UGUUAGCUUCCGAUGGCGGACACGGAACCCAAGAUGAAUGCCAAGGAACGGCGAAAGUUGCGCCGCGCGGCUGAAGCCCCAGCCACACCCGCUGUGGUGGACGUCCCAGUGAAGAAGGAUGAAGUGGUGGUUGCACCUGUAGCGAAGGUGAAGGCAGAGAUUGUUGUCCCUGUCAAGAAGCAGGUCAAAGCGGAGAGCUCGGCAGCUCCUAUCAAAGCGAAGUCACAACCGGCACCAAGCGCAACGGCGCCCUUGGUUGCUGACGUCAAACCUGUCAAAUCCAAGACAGAAACCAAACAACCGCCCAAGCCUGUCGAAGAAGACUUUAUCCGGCUGCCAUCCGUCGCCAGCACAACCUCCAGCACUACUACGCCUGACGAAUCCACUGCUGCAAACUCCAAAGCUCGACGACUCGCCGCCCGAGCUGCCAAGCGAGAACGAACCGACGACGCGACGGGCACCGCGGACGACGCCGCCAUCCCCGCCAGCACCGCCAAGGCCCGUCGGUUGGAGAAGCGUGGCGCCUCUCGCUCUGCCAAUGACGCAUCUACGCCGACGAAAAAAGUUGCCAAGCGCAAACUCAAGGACCCAAAUGCCAAGAGCAUCCACUUGACGCUGUUCCUGGGGCAGCUUCCGUACGACGCAACCGAGGACAUGAUACGCAAGCAUUUCCACGAGGCCGGCGACAUCAAGAUCCGCAUGCUCACGGACAAAACCACCAAGAAGUUCAAGGGCACGGCGUUCAUUGAGGUUGCGGACAGCGCGGCACUCGGCGCGGCCCUCAGCAGACACCACAGUCUGAUCAACAACCGCCGCAUCAAUGUCGAAUUGACCGCGAACGGCGGCGGCACCAAGUCGGAACUGCGUCAGACGCGGAUCAAGGACCUGCGCGACAAGCAAAAGGUCAAGCAAGUCGAGAAGGUGCAAGCGUUGCUGCAAAAGCACGUGGAUGACCCGGCAUGCAAACUGGUACAGGAAGACGUCGACGAGCGCAUGACCGACUUCCUCUCAUGGUUCGACUAUGACACGGCCAAGCUCGCGCUCGACGACUUCAAUCGCUGCGUCGGCGACAAAGUUUUGAAUCGACGGGCGUUCUUCAUGGGGAUCCUCAAGCGAUUCCGCACCACGGACGGCGUCGAAGACGAACGACCGCCGAAACGAUCCGACUCGAAGCCCCAGGGAGGUCGGGGACGUGGUGACUUUGGCGGACGGGGCGGCGGCGGAUUUGGAGGCCGAGGGGGUCGCGGCGGUGGCGGGUUCGGCGGCCGGGGAGGAGGUGGCCGUGGAGGCGGCGGGUUCGGCGGGCGUGGCGGACGAGGAGGAUUUGGCGGACGAGGAGGAGACCGCGAUGGUUCCCGUCCGCCGUUCAAGCGCACCCGACGAGACUAAUCACGUUUAUAAUAGGAACUACACUACCAUAAUAAAUCAGUUAGCCGUCA